GUGUUCAUAUGAUGGUUCACUUGCCCUAGAACUACUAGCUCUCAUUCAUUUUCUUCUUCUCCUUCUAUGCUCUAAUUAAUUCGGUGUUGGUUUUUUCACACGUGUGAGCAAACAAACAUGGAUGCUGGCCACGCUCCGCCAUAUGGUCUAACCCUAGCUGAGUUUUCCGAGCUGGAGGGCCUCAUCGACGCGUACCACAAAUUCGAGCCGUCGCCGAACACAUGCACGUCGCUAAUAACGCAGAAAAUCGAAGCUCCGGCACAGCAAAUUUGGCCGUUGGUCCGGAACUUCGACAACCCUAAAAAAUACAAGCACUUCAUCAAGAGCUGCAACAUGAAAGGCGACGGCGGAGUUGGGAGCAUAAGGGAGGUGACGGUGGUUUCGGGGCUCCCGGCGUCGACGAGCACCGAGAGGCUGGAGAUUUUGGACGACGAGAAGCACAUAAUAAGCUUUAGAGUUAUGGGAGGGGAGCACAGGCUUAAUAACUAUAGGUCGGUUACUUCGGUUAAUGAGUUCGUUAAUUGCGAUGGUGAGGAGGGGAAUAAUCAGGUGUACUCGAUUGUUUUGGAGUCGUAUGUGGUGGACAUACCAGGAGGGAACACCGGGGAGGAUACAAAGAUGUUUGUGGACACUGUGAUCAAGUUGAACUUGCAAAAGCUUGGAGUGGUGGCUAUGGCGGCGAAUGUUGUGCAUGGCAACACUGGAGGAGGACAUGAUCAAUCAUGAAUUGACUAUUAUAAUUUUUAUAAAAAAAAAAUCAAAUUUUAGUGGUUAGCGCAUUGCUGUUAAUUUUGAUGCAAGUUGAAUAUUGUUCCCAUUUCUUCUUUUUUAUUUUAUGAUUUUUAUUUCACUUGGUACAGUGGGGGAUUUGAUAAAUAUGUACAUUUUUAUUUGGUUGCGGGGAUAGGAAAGAGAUUAUCUCUGGAUCUUUUUCACCAAAGUUCACGGAUUAAGUGAUUUGGAUUUUUGAAAUUUGAUCACAACGGUUAUAAAAACAGAGGUUCAUUUUAAAAGUUAUAAUAAUUUUAGUUGUUUGAUCAAAUUUUAAGAGCUCCGAUCACUUGAUCUGUAGGAUUUGGUGGAAAAGAUUCGGAUAUAUAAAUGGUAGCUUCAUCAAGGUAGUCUAUUUUUUCGAGGUCAAAAAGAUUCACAAAGUCAUUUAAACGUUUUCUGGCUACCAUCGUCAUGAAUUGAAUCCAGAAUGUAAUAUGUGAAA